AUGUGUGUCCCUUAUGGCGCCCGUAUCCGCCCCGCCUCGCCCCUCGUUAGCCCGUAUCCGCCCCGCCUCGCCCCGCCCCUCGUUAGCCCGUAUCCGCCCCGCCUCGCCCCGCCCCUCGUUAGCCCGUAUCCGCCCCGCCUCGCCCCGCCCCUCGUUAGCCCGUAUCCGCCCCGCCUCGCCCCGCCCCUCGUUAGCCCGUAUCCGCCCCGCCUCGCCCCGCCCCUCGUUAGCCCGUAUCCGCCCCGCCUCGCCCCGCCCCUCGUUAGCCCGUAUCCGCCCCGCCUCGCCCCGCCCCUCGUUAGCCCGUAUCCGCCCCGCCUCGCCCCGCCCCUCGUUAGCCCGUAUCCGCCCCGCCUCGCCCCGCCCCUCGUUAGCCCGUAUCCGCCCCGCCUCGCCCCGCCCCUCGUUAGCCCGUAUCCGCCCCGCCUCGCCCCGCCCCUCGUUAGCCCGUAUCCGCCCCGCCUCGCCCCGCCCCUCGUUAGCCCGUAUCCGCCCCGCCUCGCCCCGCCCCUCGUUAGCCCGUAUCCGCCCCGCCUCGCCCCGCCCCUCGUUAGCCCGUAUCCGCCCCGCCUCGCCCCGCCCCUCGUUAGCCCGUAUCCGCCCCGCCUCGCCCCGCCCCUCGUUAGCCCGUAUCCGCCCCGCCUCGCCCCGCCCCUCGUUAGCCCGUAUCCGCCCCGCCUCGCCCCGCCCCUCGUUAGCCCGUAUCCGCCCCGCCUCGCCCCGCCCCUCGUUAGCCCGUAUCCGCCCCGCCUCGCCCCGCCCCUCGUUAGCCCGUAUCCGCCCCGCCUCGCCCCGCCCCUCGUUAGCCCGUAUCCGCCCCGCCUCGCCCCGCCCCUCGUUAGCCCGUAUCCGCCCCGCCUCGCCCCGCCCCUCGUUAGCCCGUAUCCGCCCCGCCUCGCCCCGCCCCUCGUUAGCCCGUAUCCGCCCCGCCUCGCCCCGCCCCUCGUUAGCCCGUAUCCGCCCCGCCUCGCCCCGCCCCUCGUUAGCCCGUAUCCGCCCCGCCUCGCCCCGCCCCUCGUUAGCCCGUAUCCGCCCCGCCUCGCCCCGCCCCUCGUUAGCCCGUAUCCGCCCCGCCUCGCCCCGCCCCUCGUUAGCCCGUAUCCGCCCCGCCUCGCCCCGCCCCUCGUUAGCCCGUAUCCGCCCCGCCUCGCCCCGCCCCUCGUUAGCCCGUAUCCGCCCCGCCUCGCCCCGCCCCUCGUUAGCCCGUAUCCGCCCCGCCUCGCCCCGCCCCUCGUUAGCCCGUAUCCGCCCCGCCUCGCCCCGCCCCUCGUUAGCCCGUAUCCGCCCCGCCUCGCCCCGCCCCUCGUUAGCCCGUAUCCGCCCCGCCUCGCCCCGCCCCUCGUCAGCCCGUAUCCGCCCCGCCUCGCCCCGCCCCUCGUUAGCCCGUAUCCGCCCCGCCUCGCCCCGCCCCUCGUUAGCCCGUAUCCGCCCCGCCUCGCCCCGCCCCUCGUUAGCCCGUAUCCGCCCCGCCUCGCCCCGCCCCUCGUUAGCCCGUAUCCGCCCCGCCUCGCCCCGCCCCUCGUUAGCCCGUAUCCGCCCCGCCUCGCCCCGCCCCUCGUUAGCCCGUAUCCGCCCCGCCUCGCCCCGCCCCUCGUUAGCCCGUAUCCGCCCCGCCUCGCCCCGCCCCUAGUUAGCCCGUAUCCGCCCCGCCUCGCCCCGCCCCUAGUUAGCCCGUAUCCGCCCCGCCUCGCCCCGCCCCUCGUUAGCCCGUAUCCGCCCCGCCUCGCCCCGCCCCUCGUUAGCCCGUAUCCGCCCCGCCUCGCCCCGCCCCUCGUUAGCCCGUAUCCGCCCCGCCUCGCCCCGCCCCUCGUUAGCCCGUAUCCGCCCCGCCUCGCCCCGCCCCUCGUUAGCCCGUAUCCGCCCCGCCUCGCCCCGCCCCUCGUUAGCCCGUAUCCGCCCCGCCUCGCCCCGCCCCUCGUUAGCCCGUAUCCGCCCCGCCUCGCCCCGCCCCUCGUUAGCCCGUAUCCGCCCCGCCUCGCCCCGCCCCUCGUUAGCCCGUAUCCGCCCCGCCUCGCCCCGCCCCUCGUUAGCCCGUAUCCGCCCCGCCUCGCCCCGCCCCUCGUUAGCCCGUAUCCGCCCCGCCUCGCCCCGCCCCUCGUUAGCCCGUAUCCGCCCCGCCUCGCCCCGCCCCUCGUUAGCCCGUAUCCGCCCCGCCUCGCCCCGCCCCUCGUUAGCCCGUAUCCGCCCCGCCUCGCCCCGCCCCUCGUUAGCCCGUAUCCGCCCCGCCUCGCCCCGCCCCUCGUUAGCCCGUAUCCGCCCCGCCUCGCCCCGCCCCUCGUUAGCCCGUAUCCGCCCCGCCUCGCCCCGCCCCUCGUUAGCCCGUAUCCGCCCCGCCUCGCCCCGCCCCUCGUUAGCCCGUAUCCGCCCCGCCUCGCCCCGCCCCUCGUUAGCCCGUAUCCGCCCCGCCUCGCCCCGCCCCUCGUUAGCCCGUAUCCGCCCCGCCUCGCCCCGCCCCUCGUUAGCCCGUAUCCGCCCCGCCUCGCCCCGCCCCUCGUUAGCCCGUAUCCGCCCCGCCUCGCCCCGCCCCUCGUUAGCCCGUAUCCGCCCCGCCUCGCCCCGCCCCUCGUUAGCCCGUAUCCGCCCCGCCUCGCCCCGCCCCUCGUUAGCCCGUAUCCGCCCCGCCUCGCCCCGCCCCUCGUUAGCCCGUAUCCGCCCCGCCUCGCCCCUCGUUAG